GUUAGCAAGUUAGCAGCGGUAUUAAGAAGUGGGGCUAUAACGUUUCAGUCUUCUGAGUGUUUAAGAGUAUAUAUCAUUAAAGCGAUUAAAUCAGCGGCAUAGCAACAUUUAGGACUGUGGCACUGGCUGUCUCUUUGUUCGCUGCAGUUUUUAUUUUGUUUUAUAAAACAUUUGUGGCUAACUUUACCAGUACUUCAAGCUAGCACUGACGCCCAGUGGUUAAACUGCGUUAUAUAUCGACACAUAUAAAAUUGGCAGUUUUUUGUUUUGUUGUUGUUUUUUUUAAGUGGGCAUUCAAGCAGAGUUAUGCUCUGAAAGUAGUAACGAACUUGUUCAGGAGACGGACCGCUGUCCGCCUUCAUUAGUUGCAGACACAACACCGACAGAAUUCUGCUGUUAUAGUGAACUCACUGUUUGCGAGCCUUUAUAGUUCACUUUGAGCCUAUAUGGACAGUCUUUACCUGGUGAUACUUCAGUUAAUCCUGUAAUCGUAUGCUACCAAAAUAAACGGAUUCUGACCCAGCUCUGAUGAUAGCGAUCAGCUUCACUGUUGUGUGUAAUCAUAACAGGAUAUGAUAUGGAUGAAACAGUGAUAUCAGGAGAGGAAGCCAUUGAGGAGAAAGUGGCUGAAAAUGACAUCAGUGGGCAAGUGCAUACAGAUGAUGUGGAAAUGGAGGAAACUGCAGGAGACUCGCCCAGUGCUGCUGAGCUCGAUGAAGCAGAUGAAGAAGUCACUGAAAGACCAAGUCCGAAUUCUGCACCUAAAGACGGCGACAACCUCUGCACAGUUUGUGGCUUCUCAGCCAAAUGCCCGAGAUCACUGAAGAUCCACUUUGCACGAAAGCACGGAAAGAUGUCUGACAAAGCUGCAAAGCCUUUGGAGAAAAGUGCAAAUAUCUCUAAUGUGAGUCCUGCUGAAAUCCAGCAGGAGGCAGACAUGGAGGCAGAAAGCGGCGCUGAGGUUAAACAGGAACAAGAUUCUGAUCAUGAUGAACUGAGAUCAGUCGCAAGUGACAAUGGCACGAACAUGAAGAAUGUAACUGAAAAGCAAAGUGUAUUAGACAAACAGCAGGUAGAGCAAGAAGGAACAAUCCCUACACAAGAGAGAAGAGUGAGCAAGCGAACCCCAAAACCCAAGAUUAUUCAUUCCUGCAACUACUGUGGGCAAGAGUUUAGGGACAAGGCUCCCCUAGAUGUUCACAUCCAGAGAUACCACACCAAAGACACCCCGUAUACAUUUGAUGCUGAUGAAAGCAUAGAUGACAGGGAGGAGGCUGUGGAUCCUGGCAGUAGCGUGAAGGCUACUUCACCACGACUGACACCCAAACGCACCCUCAGCAGGUUCCAGCUGAAGUGUGCAAACUGUGAUUUUAGGGUCAGCACAGCUACGCUGCUGGAGAACCAUGCUCGUGUCAAACACCUUGACCAGGACUGGUACCGUUGCAAAUUGUGCAACUUUCUUUCUGCCACAUCUGAGUGGAUGGAUUCUCACCUGUCCUCAGAUAGCCACAUGCAGCAGCAGCAGAAAGAAAGCAAGAGCUCAAAAUCUGAAGUAUAUGUCGACAGGGUAAGCAGAGAUGGUGCUGGAGAUGGUGCUGUUAUGGAUGACGUAGCUCAGAUGCCCGGGGGAGAAGGGAUAGAUACGUUGACAGGAGGAGAACAGGAAACCGACGAGGCAGCUGAGGCUGCCAAAGCCGUGUUAGCUGAGGAGGAAGAGUUAGAGCUGGGACCUCCCAGUAAGAAAAGAGGAAGACCAAAGCAAGGCUCCACAACCACAUGUGGAUACUGUGGCCUGGUGGUGUCCAACGCCACCAACCUCAGUGUUCAUGUUCGCCGUAAACACAGCAAAGAUUAUGGCUACAGCUGCACUCUGUGCAACUACAGCUGUGUGACCAAAGGAGACAUGGAUCGUCACUGUUUAACAAAGAAGCAUGUUAGACGUGCACAAGAAUGCACAAGUAAGAACCCAAUCACAAAUCACAUAAGUACAUCAAUUCAGGAAACCAAGGAGCCGAAUACCACCGUAGAGACCACCGGCACAGAAGAAGAAUCUGACGAUACAGCUUCCAAAGAACAUGGUGGAGACGAGCAAACUCAGCCAGAGGCAAACCAGAAAAAAAGUAAAUAUGACUCUGUCAAUGCCUGCAGCCUCUGUGAUUUUGUUGCUCAAUCUAUUCCGUCCCUCCAUCUUCACGUCAAGAGAAAACACACCAGAGAUUUUGAGUAUGUCUGUUUAGCGUGCAGCUACUAUGCUGUAACAAGCAGGGAAAUGUCCCGCCAUGCCAGCACAGAGAAACACAAGCAGAAAAGUCAGAAAUACCUGGAACAAAAAGGGAGCGAAGGACAAAGAGUCUUAGCACUCCCACUAAAGUUGAAUGAUAUCACGGAGCUUCCUGCGGCAAAUUCUAACCCUGAAUGUGAAUCUGUGAGUCCCGCAGAAGUGUCUGAAUCCUGUCCCAUAGACAGUCAAUCUAUGGAAGGCCAGAAUACACCUGUCACCACAGAGCUGGUUAAUGAUGUGCUUGUAGGUGGAGAUGAGAAGCAAGCAAAUGCAAUUACAUCUCCUGCUUGUGGUGAACCAGAGAUGACCAUUGAAGCGACUGAGCUAACAGCAGAUUCUGAAGCCCAGCAGGAUGAAGAAUGUCAGCUUUCAGUCUCUGAGUUGGCACAGCCAGAGAGCCAGGAACAAGAGGGUAAACAAGCAGAUGAGGAACAUUUAAAGGUAGACGUUAUGACUAGAGACACACAAAUGUCCAAAGCCCUUCCCUUUGAUGCCUGUAUUGUAUCUGUGAAGUUCCUAGCUGAGCAGGAGCAGGCUGCACAGGAAGGUCUGUCUCUGGAAGGUGAAGCCACCAUGAUAUGUUUGACUGGAGGAUCACCAGUGACCUCUGGCUUAGUGUCUCCCAGCUCCGCAUACAUCAAGAAGCUCAAACCCAAGGAAGCAAAGGUGAGGGAGGAAACCAAAGGAAGCAACUCUCGCAUACGCUGCGAGGACUGUGGAUUCAUGGCGGAUGGCAUCAGCGGCCUCAACGUCCACAUCUCGAUGAAGCAUCCUUCCAAGGAGAGGCAUUUCCACUGUUUGGUCUGCGGCAAGUCCUUCUACACCGAGAGCAACCUGCACCAGCACCUGACCAGCGCUGCCCACCUUCGCAACGAGCAGAACAGUGUGGAGGAGCUGCCCGAAGGGGGCGCAAGCUUCAAGUGCGUCAAGUGCACAGAUCGAUUUGAAUCAGAGCAGGAUCUGUUUUAUCACAUCAAGGAGAAACACGAGGAGCUCCUGAGGGAGGUCAACAAGUAUGUGCUGGAGGACACGGAACAGAUCAACCGCGAACGGGAGGAGAACCAGGGCAACGUGUGUAAAUACUGUGGCAAGGUGUGCAAGAGCAGCAACUCUAUGGCCUUCCUGGCACACAUUCGCACUCACACCGGGUCUAAGCCCUUCAUGUGCAAGAUCUGCAACUUUGCAACCGCUCAGCUGGGAGACGCCAGGAACCACGUGAAGAGACAUCUCGGCAUGCGAGAGUACAAAUGUGACAUAUGCGGGUGGGCCUUUGUUAUGAAGAAACACCUCAGCACCCAUCUGCUGGGAAAACAUGGAGUUGGACAGCGUAAAGAGAGGAAGUUUGAAUGCGAGUUAUGCGAGCGCUCCUUCAGCGAAAAAUGGGCCCUCAACAACCACAUGAAACUGCACAGUGGAGAGAAACCAUAUAAGUGUGCCUGGCCAUCCUGCCACUACGCCUUCCUCAACCUGUCAGCCAUGAAGGACCACUACAGGACCCACACAGGAGAAAAGUCUUAUUUAUGUGACCUGUGUGGUUUUGCGGGAGGCACCAGACAUGCCCUCACCAAACACAGACGCCAACACACAGGAGAGAGGCCCUUCAAAUGUAAGCUCUGCAACUUCGCCUCCACCACGCAGUCCCACCUAUCACGGCACAAACGUGUUCACACCGGGGAGAAACCGUACCGCUGCCCCUGGUGCGACUACAGAUCCAACUGUGCAGAGAAUAUCCGAAAGCACAUACUCCAUACGGGAAAACACGAGGGCGUGAAGAUGUACAACUGCCCCAAAUGUAACUAUGCCACCAACUCUCCGAUGGAGUUCCGCAACCACCUGAAGGACAAUCACCCUGAUAUUGAGAACCCAGACCUCGCCUACCUGCAUGCAGGUAUCGUGUCCAAGUCCUUUGAGUGUCGUCUGAAAGGCCAGGGGGCUACAUUUGUGGAAGCAGAGGCUAUGGGCUCCCCUUUGCACAGGAAAGACUCUUCUGAGUUACCCGGCCAUGACGAGAUCCAACAGGUCAUCAUCAUCCAGGGCUAUGGUGACGGAGAGGUGGCUAUCGACCAGACCCUCGAGGAGUCAGCCGCUGCCACCCUGCAGACGCUGGCCAUGGCCGGCCAGGUGGCCGAGGUGCUCCACAUCACUGAAGACGGACAAGUCAUAGCCUCGGGCAGGGAAGUGGCAUCCGCAGGAGCCCACCUGGCCGGAGGCAGCACCCAGUACGUGGUCCUGGAGUCAGGGGAGGCCAGAAAGGAGUUUCAGGCUGUGGCCAGAGGAGGGGUAGCAGUCGCAGCUGCUGCUGGACAAAGUCACAUUGUCUCAGAGUCCUCCACAGCUCUCGAUGCUCUGCUCAGCGCAGUCAGCGAAAUGGGCCAUCAGGAGGAAAUACAAGGAGAGGCAGCCAUCGUUCAUGAGGUCUUGACCCCAGAGAUAGCUGAGGCUGUGCAGAGUGAAGUGCAGGGGGAGGUGAAGCAGGCGGAGGAGGGGCAGGUGCAGGUCAUCCAGGGGACCGGCCAGGAGGACAUGCAGGAAGUGCUGCAACUCGCCGCGUCCCAGAUGAUGAAGGAAGGCCUUACCCAGGUCAUCGUCAAUGAUGAGGGCACGCACUACAUUGUGACUGAGCUGGACAACUGCACCUUACAGGUGGAGGGAGAAGUGUAUGGAGAGGCCGGGACAGGUGACGGGGAGGUGCACCAGGCGGAGCAGCAGACAGGAGAAGAGAUAGUGGUGUACCUGGAUUGAGCUGCUCGCAGUAUCGUCCUGGAAGGGUAGAGGAGAGAGACAUCCCUGAAAGAUUCACAUUGGGCAUUUUAUUUCACUUCCCCUGUUUAGCUAUGUUAAAGCUCACGUUAGCCCAGAUGUUGUGUUUUGCAUUGUCUCUGUUUGAUUUCACCCUGCCUCAUUCACUUUGUACAUCACUUCUACCAUCUUCUCUUGGGCUACACUGAACUCAGGUUAAACAUCGUUUAUUAAAAGCGACAGUAAAGCAAAGAGGUUUUGGUGCUAAGCGAGCUAACCUGCAAUCCACACAGCCGCCAAGACUGCUUUAAUUAAUUAAUGCAACUUAAGGAAAUGAAUGAGUACACAUUGUCGUGAAAUAUUUUUUACAAUGCUUCUAAUGUGCUAAGAGUUAAACAAGUUAUUCUAAAGAAAGUUUAUCUUUUCAUUUAUAACAGAGCUAACAGGUUUUUUUCUUGCUUUUUGAUUUCUUUGUGGUACAUUUAUGUUGCAAUUUUAAGUUUUUCUGUAGCAAAAUAGAUUGUUUUUUUCUUUUGAUAAGGCAGUGGUUUAAUUUGUGUGAGUAAUCUUUUCUUUUUCUUCAAAUCCUUUUUGUGUGUGUGUAUGUGUGUGUACUAUUAGUUCCAAAUCAGUAAUACGAUGAAUGAAUUCCCAAAUGGACCUUAUACAUAUUUUCUGUGUAGCAAAAAGCAAAGCAAUGACAAUUAUACAUUUUAGAUUUUUGACAGCCCUUCAUUGUGUGGAAGGCCUGUUUCAAAAAAAAAACAACAACAAAACAUGAGUGCAGUUUCAUUUUUGACAAUAAAGAU